ACACAGACACACACACACACGACACACGCUCGAGCCUCGCUAGUGCGUUCCCGCCCUCCCGCGAAGCUCGAGCCGCGCAGUCCCAAGAGCAGACGAUUUCAGCACGGGACAGAUCCUGCACCGUCUCAUGGCAACAUGUCGACUGAGUUCCAUAACCUACAGGAGUUGAGACACAGUGUGUCUGUAGCCACCAAGGUAUUCAUCCAGAGAGACUACAGCCAAGGGACUACCUGUCGCUUCCAGACUAAGUUCCCCUCUGAGCUGGACAGCAGGAUUGAGCGCACCCUGUUGGAAGACACAGUGAAGACGUUGAACAACUACUAUGCAGAGACAGAGAAGAUGGGAGGCCAGUCCUACCUGGAGGGAUGUCUGGCCUGCGCUACAGCCUACCUCAUCUUCCUCUGUAUGGAGACACGUUAUGAGAAGAUGUUGAAGAAGAUCUCAGGGUACAUCCAGGAGCAGAAUGAGAAGAUCUACGCUCCCAGAGGUCUAUUACUGACCGACCCUAUAGAGAGAGGCAUGAGAGUUAUCGAGGUGAGUGUGUUUGAGGACCGCGGUUCGAGCGGCUCUAGCCACAGCAGCAGUGUGUCGUCUGGUGGCAGCAGCCAGCGGUGACUGGAGGAUCAGCACCAGGGAUAUGGGUACCACCACAGAAGCAGUGGAUCUUUCACCAACAUCCGCAUGCUGAAACAAGAGAGCACCCGCUUCUGACUAUAGAUGUAUAUCAAUGUAAUCUAUAUACUAUACCUAGUUCUGAGUAUAGAUGCAUAUCUAAUCAAUAUACUGUCUCUAGUUCUGAGUAUAGAUGCAUAUCUAAUCAAUAUAUUAUCUAUAGUUCUGAGUAUAGAUGCAUAUCUAAUCAAUAUACUGUCUCUAGUUCUGAGUAUAGAUGUAACGAUACUCUAAAUCCUCCUCCUCCUCAGACGAGGAGAGCAGAGAGGGAUCUGAAGACCAAUGUGCAGCGAGGUAUGAUGACAUGAUUUAUUUAAGACACGACAAAACAACAAACACGAUGUAGCCAGAAAACGAACUAUACUUGAAUCAACUACAAAACAAAUAAACGAUGAAAACAGACCUG